CUCGCCUUCGAUUUGACACCUCUAGUUUCCAAUCCCUCAAUAUAAUAGCAUUGACGCCUCGAAGAGACAUGACCUUUGAGGCUCUCUCUAUACCCUUUUUCAUAUAAAUACUGAUCUCAUUUCCUCUCCAAAUCUAUCUCCUCUGGAAGCUCUAUUCUCAUCUAUAUUCCCAAAGUCUAUUCUAUCUCUUCUUACAUCUGUGUCAUUUCAGCUUCCUAUUCAUCCUCUCAUGCAGCAUCAUUUAUAGCCAGAAAAUAUGACUCAAGAGAAAGCGUCUCUGUCCGAGGGCGUCAAGGGCGGAGGAGACGUGCAGGCCGAGCCAGCUGAGGAUGCCGCUCCAUCCUACACGCCACCUCCUCCUGGUUAUUCUCAGACUCCGCCCGAUCUCCAUCUGAUCUUGGAUAAUCUCAAUCUGGAAGACGAAAAUGCCGCCAAACCCACCGUCGACGAAUGUAUAGCUCACCUGAAGCUGCUCGAGGCUUUCUACAAGCUCCGAGAAACCGUCUCCCACACCGAUGGCUUGUUUGGCAUCUACGACAACCUCGCCCCGCAAGCUGGAGAUGAGAAGCUGCGUGGACCCGCCCUGGCGAAAAUCGCAGAGAAGCGAUGGUCAAUCUAUGUUGCCCGCGCCGCGGACAGGUUUGAGCGCUGGUGGGAUGCUUGUGUUCCAGCGUCGAUAUCAGGUCGUACAUUUCCAGACCCUCUUGCUGCUCGAUUGAGGGAGGAACAAUUAAGCCCGGUCAGCCAGUUCGAAAAGUUCCCUACAUUAGGUGCGCGGCUAAAGUAUAGCCCUGACAACUUACCACCUCUCGAUGUGCUCAUGGUUUGGCAUGCCUACAUGCUGAACCCGCGAAACUUCUUCGAGGACUGUGUCCGCUUCGGCAAGAUGGAUUUCUGGGAGACUGGAAUGCCCUGGGAAGCAGUGGACAGUUGUAUCGACUCGACUUCUUUCACCUAUACGCCCAGCAACGCCGCGAUAGAGUUAUUCGCGUCUCGUACUAGCUUAGCGUGGGAUAACCUGCAGGAUGGACCGACCAAGGUGUUCGCAUGCCCCAAGUGUUCAACGCAGGUGGCAUGUCUGUGGACGAGCUGGGACCGGAUUCGACGCCCAGAGGAUGACCCUCGAGAGGACCUGACAGCUAGAUUCGACACCGAGGCGCUGGCUGGCUUCGCCGAGAGGUCGUUCACCUCCACAUGCCCAAGCUGUCGUUUGAUUUUCUCGCACGACAUUUUACGGCUGCGAAAAUUUGGACGUGAUCUGCAGCUUUUGCUUCGAGAGAACAUUGUCAUGCCAGGGACUAUUCUCUCGAGAAGCGGCAUGCCUGAAAGCGCCUCUAGGGUAUUUGGUCUUGCCACUCAUCCUCCCUUGUUUCCCAACCGCCUGCUCAAGGCGGACAGUGUUCGCGGUAAACUUGCCGCUCUGGUCGACUUUGCUGGGACCGACGCAAACUUGAUGAGUAUCCGGACCAUGAACUCGGUCAAAAAUAUCAUCUCGCUGGCAUUGGAAGAUCGCAAGCUCUGCCGACAAGUGAGUGGCCGGGCUGUGACCAAAUUGGCUUAUAAAACGGAGCGCCUGGCAGUGCGUCGAAUGAUGAGCCGGUAUUGGGACAAUUCCUCCGUCUUUGCUCUUGACCUUGUUGGCGCCGUCAUCCGCCAGGGCGCCUUUGUCGAAAAGAUGCAUCAGAUAGACUGGUUGCAUAGCCCAGCGCUGUCCGUCACCAUCGAGCGUCUCCGCGUCAAAUACGGGCGGUUUUUCCAAAUCAUGACGGCCAACCCUGGCAAAGUUGCUGUGCCAACUCUCGACGUUGAUCUCGCCUGGCAUACGCACCAGUUAUCUCCGCCGUUCUACUUUACUUACUCGGCUUUGACUACCCGUAUAUUUGUCGACCACGACGACAAGAUUGUUGAGAGCGACCUCUCGACCUACUUUGAAUGGACGUCCAAGGAAUAUCAGAAACUGUUCAACGAAGUGUACUCUGAAUGCAGCUGCUUCUACUGCGAGUCCGUUCGGGCCAGCCACUCCAACCCCAUCAGCAGCCUCUUCAAGUCCUCGUCGUCGGAUCCCUGGGAGAUAUUCCACAACUCCUCGCCGGCCGCGAAACUCGAUCCGUCCAAGACCGCCCACAUUUCCGCCCACAGCGCCGUCUCGCCCCGGGACGUCAAGAGCAGCAUCUCCAAAUCGGACAAGUCCGCCCAGCUCGCCACCGCGUACGAAAAGGCAUGCAAGCGCGCUCGUAAAAAGGGCCGCAAAGAACCCGUCCGCGAUGACUACUAUUGGGCUUGGGGCUACCCCAUGUUUUUCCCCGUCUACUACCCGUACAUGGCCGACCCUUGCAUCUCGAAUCAGUCCUACGCUUGCAAUCCCGCUUGCAUGGCCCUCACGCCCGGUGUGCCCGGGAAUUGCGCUAACGGAUCGUGCGGCGGCGCGGCGGCUGCAGGCUCUUGUGGCUCCUUUGCCAUGGGUGGAUGCGGCGGUGCUGGUGGAGCCUGUGCUGGAGGUGGUGGAGGAGGAGGAGGAUGCGGUGGAGGCGGAGGCGGUUGCGGAGGCGGCGGAGGCGGCGGUUGUGGUGGUGGGGGGUGUUGAGCCGUCGGUCCCCCGCCUC